AUGCGCCAGUCCAGCCUCGUCUCCCCUCUCCUCUUGGCCGCCGCCGUCCUGGCGGCGCCCCAGUCUACCGCUUCCCCUAACGACUGGGACAAGUAUCUCGCAAAAGCGAAGCAACUCGUGGACAAGCUGAACCUGGACGAGAAGAUUGUCCUUACGACGGGUGUAGGAUGGGGUGCAGAUGUGGGGAACCCAUGCGUCGGCAACAUCGGCCCCGUCGAGAAGAUCGGCUUCCCUGGCUAUUGUCUGCAAGAUGGUCCAGCUGGGAUCCGUUUUCCAAAGGGCGUCUCCGUAUUUCCUGCCGGGAUCAACUACGGGGCAGCGUUUGACAAAACCCUUCACCGCGCCCGGGGUGAGAAAAUGGGCGCAGAGUUCAGGGGUAAAGGAAUUAAUAUCGGACUCACCGCUUGUGUGGAUAUCGCUCGCGUUCCCGAGGGCGGAAGGCAGUGGGAAGGUUAUGGGGCAGAUCCCUACGUCGCGUCCGUCGGAGUUUCGAACUUCAUCGAAGGCAUGUCCUCGCAAGGCGUCAUCACAACCGUGAAGCACUUCGCGCUGAACAACCAAGAACAUGGACGCGAGCUGAGCUCUAGCAAUGUCGAUGACCGCACUUUCCGCGAGAUCUACCUCCCUGCCUACGAGGCUGCGAUCAGCGCUGGCGUCGGGGCCGUCAUGUGCAGUUACAACCUCGUGAACGGCACCUACGCUUGCGAAAACGAUCGUCUUCUCAAUGGCGUCCUUAAAAAGGACCUCGGCUUUAAGGGCUUUGUGAUGUCCGACUGGUGGGCUGCCAAGACGGACAAAGCGCCUGCUCUUGCUGGCACGGACAUGAUGAUGCCGGGAACGAAGGUUUGGGGAUCACACGAGAGUUGGUGGGGCGCGAACCUCGCUCAACUCGUGAAGGCGGGACAAGUUCCCGAGGCUCGCUUGGACGACAUGGCCGUCCGAAUUCUCGCCCCAUGGCUCAAGUCCGGUCAGAACAAGGGCUUCCCCGCGACGAACUUUAACUCUUUCAACGGCAUCUCAGGGCCGGAUGUUCAGAAGGAUCACAAGAAGCACAUCCGAGAGGUGGGCGCUGCUUCCAGCAUUCUCCUCAAGAACAAAGAUGAAACCUUGCCCUUGACCAAGAAGCUGAAGUCCAUUGCCGUCAUCGGAGAGGAUGCCGCUACUCCCGCGGAUCCCAACCAGUUCGCAGAUCGCGCUGGCGUCAACGGCACCGUCGCUCUUGGUUGGGGUUCUGGAACUGCAGAGUUUCCGUACUUAGUUGGUCCUUUCGACGGGAUCAAAACUCAAGCUUCCGCCCUCAAGAUCCCCGUCGCGGCUUCCCUGAGCAACACCGACCUGGCUAAGGCCGUCGCGGUCGCCAAGAAAGCAGAUGUGGCUGUUGUUUUCGCGUUCGCUGAUUCGGGAGAAGGCUACCUUAACGUCGAGGGCAAUCAGGGCGAUCGCAACGACCUCCACCUCUGGCAUGGCAGCGAGGCCCUUAUCAAGGCUGUCGCGGAUGUCAACAAGAAUACGGUGGUCGUAAUCCACGCACCGGGGCCUAUCUUGCUCGAUUCCUUCAUCGACCACCCCAACGUCAAGUCCGUCAUCCACGCUCUGCUGCCUGGCCAAGAGUCUGGCAAUGCUAUCGCCGACGUUCUGUUCGGAAAGGUCAAUCCUUCGGGCCGCCUGCCGUUCACAAUCAACAGGAAGGCUGAGGACUGGGGCGUGCAUGUCACCUACUUUGGCGAUAUUCCGGCCGACAGCGCCAACAAAUGUAUCACCUGUCCGAACAUCACUUACUCCGAAGGGCUUCUUGUGGAUUACCGCUACAACCAAGCCAAAAAAGUCAAGCCCUUGUUCCCGUUCGGUUACGGGCUUUCUUACACCAAGUUCAUCUACUCCCAGCUCUCCGCCAAGGUUACCCGUAACUCCGGUCGCCCCACCGCGGUGGUGAAGGUGGAUGUGAAGAACAGCGGGCAUGUCGCUGGCCACGAGGUUGUGCAGCUCUACGUGCAGGCGCCGAAAUCGGCGGGCAAGGCUUUCCGCGAGCUCAAGGGUUUUGAACGGGUGUUCCUGAAGCCCGGUCAAGUGAAGACCGUAUCGUUGACCCUGACAACUCGUGACUUCAGCUACUGGUCGACCCAGAAGCAGAAGUGGGUCGUUCCCAAGGGUGACUUUGGGAUUUAUGCAGGUCCCAACAGUGGCGAUCUCCCAAAGGUCGCGAAGAUCACCCUCUAA